AUGUUGAAUAAUACAAGGAAAGGACUAGCCUUUGCGUUUUUGGUAUUAACAUUUAUUUUUUGGCUUAUUUCAAUGGUAACGCCUGGAUGGUUGCAUAUAAAGUUCAGCAUUUUUUACAUCGAAGUAUGCACCAAUGACAAGUGUGAAAACAAAGAAUACGGCAAUUUCUUCCAAAAGUCUCAAGGUUUCCAAAUAGCUGUGAUACUCCAAAUUAAAAGCUUGGUUGCUCUUAUUCUGUGUGCAAUAUCUGCCAUCUUGGUGGUCAUUCAAACUAAACGUUCAACAACACAACAUUGUAUCGCUGUUAUCAUCAUUCCUGUGGCGGCAACUCUUCAAUGUGUUCUGAUUUUACCAACGGUUCUGAUAAACAUUUUACAUGACCCAUCCGUAAAGUUUCCGUACUCGAUUCUACUGAGUUGGCUUGGUACGCUGCUCUCCAUCGUUGCCUGGGUGAUUUGUGUAAUCGUCUACAUCAAUGAGCGUAAUCGGGAAUCUCAGAACCAACGUCAUAGAAUGGACCACACAUAA